AUGGCUUUUAUUUCAACCUCUGUUAAUGCUCUGUACGAUAGCCAAGAUGAAGUCGUUGAGCUGACAGCCUCAAAUUUUCAAAAUAGAGUGAUAAAAGGAGAUGAGAUAUGGGUAGUGGAAUUUUUUGCUCCAUGGUGUGGGCACUGCAAAAAUUUGGCACCAGAAUAUAAAAAGGCGGCCAAAGCUUUAAAAGGUCUUAUAAAAGUUGGCGCUGUUGAUAUGACCCAGCAUCAAGCUGUUGGACAGCCGUAUAAUGUCAGAGGGUUCCCGACUAUUAAGAUUUUCGGGGGUGACAAACAAAAACCAAGCGAUUAUCAAGGAGCUCGAACGGCUCAAGCUAUAGUAGAUGCUGCAAUUAACGAAUUGAAGAAGACUGCUUCUGUACGAUUAGGUGGCAAAACUGGCAGUGGCGAGAGUAAGAAAGGAAGCGGUAAGAGAGGUAGCGCAGAUGAUGUGAUAGAGUUAACUGAUAGUAACUUUGAAAGUAUGGUGUUAAAUAGUGACGAUAUCUGGCUUGUUGAGUUCUUUGCACCGUGGUGUGGGCACUGUAAAAAUUUGAAGCCACAUUGGGAACAAGCUGCUGCGGAACUUAAGGGGAAAGUUAAGUUGGGAGCGCUUGAUGCAACCACACACCAAGUAAUGGCAAGUAAAUUCGGCAUCAAAGGUUUUCCUACAAUCAAGUAUUUUGCACCAGGCUCUAGUGCUGAUGACGCGGUUGAUUAUGAUGGUGGGAGAACAAGUUCAGACAUAGUACAGUGGGCCCUGAAUAAGGUAGCUGAAAAUGUGCCUGCACCAGAGGUUGUUGAGGCGACUUCACAAGAAGUUGUCGAAAAAGCUUGUAAGGAAGCACAGUUAUGUGUCAUUUCGGUAUUGCCGCACAUAUUAGAUUGUCAAAGCAAGUGUAGAAACGAUUAUAUCCAGAUUUUGAAAGAACUUGCAGAGAAGUUUAAAAGAAACCUUUGGGGAUGGGUGUGGACUGAAGCAGGAAAACAGCCUGCCCUUGAAGAAGCUUUUGGUAUGGGCGGGUUUGGAUACCCGGCUAUGGCUGCAUUAAAUUAUCGUAAGAUGAAGUUUGCGAUGUUGAAGGGUUCAUUUAGUAAGGAUGGAAUACAUGAGUUUUUGCGAGAUCUUUCUUAUGGUAAGGGGCAAACUGCUCCAGUGAAAGGAGCCGAAUUUCCAAAACUUAAGAAAGUAGAACCUUGGGAUGGCAAAGACGGUGAGAUGCCUGUCGAUGAAGAUAUUGAUCUUUCUGACGUUGAGUUAGAAGAUCUCGAACCUGAAACGAAGGAGAAAGGAAAGACUGAAUUGUAA